AAUCAAUAAUCUUUGUUCUCCAAUUAAUUAAGUUCUAUUAAACAAAAAAAAAACAGAAAUAAUAUCGCUGCAAAAGGCAGAAACCGCGUGAAUCUUGUUUUAAUUUAACCUUUUUUAUUGGUAGUUUCAUUUUAAUUCAUCGUAUUGAACGCUAGCCUAAAGUUAUGGAUAAAAACAAGAAAAAUCAAAUAACUGCAAAACGCGUUAUACUUAAAACACUCUCCUCUUUUCCUUGUCCUUCUCUAUCGCUUCUAUAAACUUUUUCGAUCUAAGGUUCGUGAUCUCCUUCUUCUCUACGAAGUUUACACUUUUUCUUCAAAGGAAACAAUGAGCCAGUACAAUCAACCUCCCGUUGGUGUUCCUCCUCCUCAAGGUUAUCCACCGGAGGGAUAUCCAAAAGAUGCUUAUCCACCACAAGGAUAUCCUCCUCAGGGAUAUCCUCAGCAAGGCUAUCCACCUCAGGGAUAUCCUCAACAAGGUUAUCCUCAGCAAGGAUAUCCUCCACCGUACGCGCCUCAAUAUCCUCCACCACCGCAGCAUCAGCAACAACAGAGCAGUCCUGGCUUUCUAGAAGGAUGUCUUGCUGCUCUGUGUUGUUGCUGUCUCUUGGAUGCUUGCUUCUGAUUGGAGUCUCUCUCUCUCUGCAUAAAGCUUCGGGAUUUAUUUGUAAGAGGGUUUUGGUUAAACAAAAACCUUAAUUGAUUUGUGGGGCAUUAAAAAUGAAUCUCUCGAUGAUUCUCUUUCGUUUUAUGUGUAAUGUUCUUCGGUUCAUAACAUUUUAACUAUUGUCUAUCGACGUUCUGCCUUAGUUUGUAUUUGAUUAUGGGAAUGUAAAUUGGUUGGGAGACACUAUUCUAUGCCAUAGUUUAUUGCUUGGAUCUUAAAAUCUUUGUGUUCAUAAUUCGUAUGGUCACAUCUCAAUGAUCCAGUUUUCGUCCAUCUAUUAUU